UCCCUCUCCACCGCGUCCCCCGCACCAGCGCGCCUCUGCUUUGCCAUUUUUCCAAACCAGAUCCCCGCUUCCUCAAAGCGGAAGAAGUGACGGUACAGGAAAGGACGGAAGCCCGCUGGUUGACUGACGGAAAGGCGUUUGCCCAUAAGAGAAGCUGAGUCAUGCGCUGCCAUGUUUCUCUCUGGCAAAACAGACGCGUGUUGCUGUCUCCCAGCACCAUCCUUCCUAUAACACCAUCGAUUGCAUCUCUCCUGCUACGCAUGGCCCAAACCCUCGGGCAGAGGCGGUGCGGGGAAAGAGAAAACGACGUUCGCAACAAAACCUCCGACAGACCCUCCCCGCCAGCCCCAACCCGAGCCGCUCUGCCGAGUCACCGCCGGGCGGGUUCGGAGAGGCGGCGGGAGGCGUGGCCUCGGCUGGCGCUCGGAGGCGGGGCCUUGCCCGGGAAUCGUUCGAAGUGGGCGGAGCUAGCGCUGCAUCAGGACCAGUCGCCAGCUUUGCAUCCCUUGGAGUCGGGAGCAUCCUCAGGGCCGGGAGAAGCGCCGCCGCCGCCGCAUCCGCCGAAGGGGCCUCCCGCGCGUAUCGGGCCGCUGCCACCGCUCCAGUCGCGGGCCGCCAUGGCAGAGAUCGCCAGCGUCCGCCCCAGCUUCGAUGUCUCUCCGAUUGUGGCAGGCCUCAUUGGCGCCACCGUCUUAGUGGUCUCUGUCUCCGUGACCGUGUUCGUAUGGACGUGCUGCCACCAGCAUGCAGAAAAGAAGCACAAGACUCCCCCUUACAAGUUCAUACACAUGCUGAAAGGCAUCAGCAUCUACCCAGAGACCCUGAGCAACAAGAAGAAAAUCAUACGGAUCCGGCGAGACAAGUUGGGCGCUGCCAGGCAAGAUGGAAGAGGCAACCUCCUGGUGGACGCAGCAGAAGCUGGGUUAGUGGGCUCUGACAAAACCUCCAACGGGUUGAGCGCAGCCACAUGCGUCAACCAGCUUCCCAUCAAAGUAGAUUAUGGAGAGGAAUUGAGUCCGGAUCAAAGUUUGACGCCGGCGGGCAGCAAAACCUCCUCUCCGUCUUCCCUGGAAGAAGAGGUCAUGCUGGGGACACUGACUUUCUCAGUGGACUACAACUUCCCAAAGAAAGCUCUGGUGGUGACUAUCCAGGAGGCCCACGGGUUGCCAGUCAUGGACGAGCACAAUCAAGGCUCUGACCCCUACAUCAAGAUGACAAUCCUGCCAGACAAGAGGCACCGCGUGAAGACGCGAGUCCUUCGCAAGACGCUGGACCCCGUCUUCGACGAGACCUUCACCUUCUACGGGAUCCCCUACAGCCAACUCCAGGACCUGGUGCUCCAUUUCCUGGUGCUGAGCUUCGACCGCUUCUCUCGAGACGAUGUCAUCGGGGAGGUGAUGGUGCCACUCGCUGGGGUGGACCCGAGCACUGGAAAGGUCCAAUUAACCAGGGAGAUCAUCAAAAGGAAUAUCCAGAAAUGUGUCAGCAGAGGGGAGCUGCAGGUUUCUUUAUCUUACCAUCCUGUCGCCCAGAGGAUGACCGUGGUGGUUUUGAAGGCGAGACACCUGCCCAAGAUGGACAUCACCGGCCUCUCAGGUAGAAAUCCUUAUGUCAAGGUGAACGUGUACUACGGCAGAAAGCGCAUUGCGAAAAAGAAAACUCACGUCAAGAAGUGCACUUUGAAUCCCGUCUUCAACGAAUCUUUCAUUUACGACAUCCCUGUGGAUCUCCUCCCCGAUGUCAGCAUCGAGUUUCUGGUCAUCGACUUUGACCGCACCACGAAAAAUGAGGUGGUGGGCCGGCUGAUCCUGGGGGCGCACAGUGUCACAGCGGGCGGUGUGGAACACUGGCGGGAGGUGUGCGAGAGCCCCAGGAAGCAAAUUGCCAAGUGGCACAGCUUGAGCGAAUAUUAGCAGGGUAAGCGGAGGGCGCUGCGCACUUUGCCCCGCGCCCAGACGCAAACAGACACUUGACCUUUCAUUUUUCUCCUCUCUUCCGUUUUAGUUGUAGAAACUUUAAAGAAGUUUCCAUAAGAAGCAGCUGAUCGGUUCUCUCUAGCGAUGUUAACUUUUGCAGGGCACACUAAAGUUCUAAACACAUAACUACAAAAAUACAUUUAAAACAAAACUACAAAAAAAGAACAUUAAUUUUAAUAAUACCACAAAACAUAUAUAUUAUAAAAUUAAAAAAAAAAGAAAAACCACGGUGUAACCACGCACUAUUGCAUGCCGAAUACAAAAGUUUUUAAAAAACCACAAAAAAAAUAACUUUACCAAUAUCAAAAGUACAGUUUUUAAUACGAUUUAUCUGUUACUAUGAAAGUCGUGUUUUGUGCUGAACUGUCUUUGUUGGUAAUCACUACAAUUGGCCUAUUCAGCUUCUCUCCCAACUUAUUUUCCUUUUAAAAAAAACAAACACAAAAAAUGGUGUUGAAUUGCUGGUUCUUUCUUGACUUUGUCUGCCCUCAUCCUUCCUGCUGAUACUUUGCAUUUUUUGUGUGUGUGACUUGGGUGAACUAACGCCAUUGGUGUAUGCAAUAGGUUACGCAUCUGUCUUGGGUCAAAGAGAUAUUGAAGCCAAGUGGGGUGGGAAGGAAAUGGCUCCUUAGAACGAUAAGCUGCUGCUGAACACAUUCCCCACCCCACUCCGUAUAACAGGGUCCUAGAAUAAUUCCUUUAUCCUUAUUUGUCGCCCAGCCAUCAGUCGAAACCAUUGCAAGUCUAAACCACUAAUCUAAUCAUCUAUCCGUUGGUCCAAACCAAUGAGGUCUUUUUAUGAUGUUUUAAAGUGUUUUUAGCGUUUCUGUUUGCCGCCCUGGGCUCCUGCUGGGAGGAAGGGUGAAAUAUAAAUCAAACAACAAAUAAAUAAAUAAACUU